AUGUUGUCGUUCUAUCUCACCCACUUCUUUCUAUUAUGGCUGCAUGUCUCCCGCUGUGCAGCCAGGCAGAAUGUCUUCCAAAUCUACCAGCCUGUCUUGACGAUGGACGAGGGGAGUGUUGGUUGCAGUGAAAAUUUCUUGCUAAUGAACCACGUGUUUUCUUCGAGUUACGGGAAGCCGUUUGUUGGUAGCUAUGAGCCACCAGGCUGUGACUUCGAUACGGUCCGGAUAAAUUUCACAGUUACAUCAGAGGGCCGGCAGUUUGAUCGACUCGCGCUUAUGUAUUUGGGCGACACAGAAGUGUUCCGAACGUCGACAGCUGAGCCUACUGCGGAUGGGAUAGUCUGGACUUACAUCAAGGACAUGUCACCGUACAAUGCUUUGUGGAACGAACCGCAGAAGCUAAUAUUCGAUCUCGGCAAUCAGAUCACGGAUAUCUACACCGGUUCCUUUACUGCAACCCUGACUGCGACCUUCUCUCAAAGCGGAAAUGUGAAGACGGCAGACAUGAUUAUGCCAAUUUCUGGGCGGAAAUCAGACUCCAAUUCGCCGAGUGCUUUCACCGUUCCCACAGACAAUACAACGGUGCAUUACAAAGUCCCUUCAUCGGCCUCACGUGCUGUUGUGUCCAUCUCUGCGUGCGGACAGUCUACGGAAGAAUUCUGGUGGACCAAUGUCUUCUCUUCAGACACAGAGACAUUCAGCGGCACCCUCAGCGGUUAUUCCCCGUUUCGUGAAGUUCAACUCUAUAUUGACGGUAUCCUCGCUGGGGUCGUUUGGCCUUUCCCCAUUAUAUUCACUGGAGGAGUGACACCGGGUUUCUGGCGUCCAAUUGUUGGGAUCGAUGCGUUUGAUCUGCGACAACCGGAGAUUGAUAUCUCUCCUUUUCUCCCUUUAAUCACUGAUGGCCAAGACCAUUCAUUCGAAAUCAAAGUGGUUGGUCUGGAUCUUGGUGCAGACGGAUCUGCGACACUUUCAAACACUGUCGGCUCGAGCUGGGUGGUGACGGGAAACAUUUUCCUAUAUCUAGACGGUAAUAAUGCGUCCUCGUCCUCCAGCAAUCGGAUGCCUAUCGUCGAUGCAGCGGCGCCAAAAAUGUCCGUGUCACGAAAUUUGAAUCAGGAUGCGGCCAAAAAGAACGAAUCACUUUCCUACUCUGUUCUAGUUGAGCGGAAACUCACGAUUAGUUUAUCAGACGUGUCGUGGAGCCAGAAUCUCUCCUAUUCGAAUCACAAUUUACUCAACCAACAAGGGCUGGACCAGGUUACCCAUCAAAGUACCUCGGGCGUGAAUACUGUCACCCAGAAUGGACAAUCAAACCAUGUCAGUUUCGAGUACCCUUUGACUGUCAUAACAACAACUCACAGCGCCGCCAAUGAGUCUACAAUCGACGCUCAGAUGAAGAGAGGUCUUACCAUUGAAGCGACGGAUGUUACCGGCAUUUCCACAUAUACUAUGAAUGCAGGAUCAUCAUCCCUACGGAAUAGGCAAUGGGGGAAUGCACACUACAUAUCGAAGGCUGAUGGAAACUCCACAUCCUUUGGUGACACCACGGCUACCUUAGAGAGUGAAGCUGGAGGUAAAUCAUAUAGUCGGAAUGUUCGGGCAGUCAACGGGAGCAUAGCUCAUGACAUUCCUGGGGUUUCCUCGCAAAUAUCUCAAACUGUUCUUUGA